CUGUCUAUAUUUUUCCAGAACGGAGAGUACGACAAGCUAUCAACUAUCCAUAAAGAGUCAGUUGUACAUGGCGGAGCUCAUUCAGGACCUGCCUUCUUACCAUGGCAUCGUGAGUUAACGAAAAGAUUCGAGUUCGCUCUUCGCCAGAUUGACCCCAACCUCUAUCUCCCGUACUGGGAUUCAACGAUGGAUGGUGCACUUGCAAGACCUCAAGACUCAGUUAUAUUCUCAGCUGAGCUGGAAGGAACAACUGAUGCGAGAGGUUUCAUAAACAGUGGCCCUUAUCUGAAUUUCCGAACCCUGGAGGUACGGAACUACAUCAUUUUUAUGCGAGUAAAGUGUUUUAUUGAGAAUCUAUCAUCAGGGAAAUCCCCAAGCGAGAAGAGCAGUAGCUGCGCAAGGACAAACGAUGAAGGAUAG